GUGUGUGAGUGCGUGAGCGUGACAGUGUUUUGCUUUCGGGUUCGCGUUUCGCGAUUAUUUUCUGUCGUUCGUUGUGUUUAAUUUUAACAAUUUUCUUGAUGCUUCUUUAGAAAUGGAAGGAAAUGCAGGUAAUCGAACUACACGUUUUAUGAUGGAAGGCGUUGGAGCUCGAGUAAUUAGAGGCCCCGACUGGAAAUGGGGCAAGCAGGAUGGUGGGGAGGGUCAUGUUGGGACUGUGCGAAACUUCGAGUCACCAGAAGAAGUGGUCGCAGUUUGGGACAAUGGAACUGCUGCCAACUACAGAUGCUCCGGAGCAUAUGAUUUGAGAAUAUUGGACAGUGCACCUACAGGUGUGAAGCAUGACGGCACAAUGUGCGACACAUGCCGUCAGCAGCCGAUCUUCGGCAUCAGAUGGAAAUGUGCCGAGUGCAACAACUAUGACCUGUGCUCCAUCUGCUAUCACGGCGACAAGCAUCCCCUGCGCCACCGGUUCUUCAGGAUCACUACUCCUGGAAGUGAAAGGAUUCUGCUAGAGCCGCGCCGCAAGAGCAAGAAGGUGACAGUGCGCGGCAUCUUCCCGGGCGCGCGCGUUGUGCGCGGGGUGGACUGGCAGUGGGAGGACCAAGAUGGCGGCAACGGCCGGCGCGGCAAGGUCAACGAGAUCCAGGACUGGUCGGCCGCCUCGCCGCGCUCGGCCGCUUACAUCGUCUGGGACAACGGCUCUAAGAAUCUCUACCGCGUCGGAUUCGAGGGAAUGGCUGACCUGAAAGUAGUGAAUGAUGUUAAGGGUCAAACAGUCUAUCGAGAUCACCUGCCUUUGCUUGGAGAGCAAGGAACUGGAAGAAGCGGUUCACAUGGAUUACAGAUUGGCGAUCAGGUGAACGUUGAUUUGGACUUUGAGAUUGUUCAAUCUCUGCAACAUGGACAUGGAGGUUGGACAGAUGGAAUGUUCGAAUGCCUCAACUCAACCGGAACCGUCAUCGGAAUCGAUCAAGAUCAUGACAUCGUUGUGUCCUAUGAUAGUGGAAACAGAUGGACGUUCAACCCAGCGGUUUUGACGAAGCUGGCGGUGGCCGCACCCAGCACGUCUGAGACGCAGCAGCAGUUCGCAGUCGGCGACUUGGUGCAGAUCUGCAACGACCUGGAACGCAUCAAGGUGCUGCAGAGGGGACACGGCGAGUGGGCCGAAGCUAUGGCUCCUACGUUGGGGAAAAUUGGCAGAGUUCAGCAAAUUUAUCAUGACAACGACCUGAAAGUCGAAGUGUGUGGAACAUCGUGGACCUACAACCCCGUUGCUGUCAAGAAGGUCGCCUCUUCUGACGUAUCAGCCCAGGCCAACUCAAGUGGAGAACGUUUGAGUGCUCUGCUGAAGAAGCUGUUCGAGACGCACGUGUCAGGUGACGUGAACGAGGAGCUGGUGAAGUCGGCGGCGAACGGUGACGUGCAGAAGUGCGACGAAGUGCUGAAGCGAGUCGACGCCGACGUCAACGGCAUAUUCGGCGGCCACACCGCCCUGCAGGCCGCCAGUCAGAACGGCCAUCUUGAAGUCAUCAAGGCCCUCCUCAGGUGCACGGCCGAUGUCGAAAUCGAGGACAAGGACGGCGAUCGCGCCGUGCACCACGCGGCGUUCGGCGACGAGCCGGGCGUAAUGGCGCUGCUGGCCGCAGCCGGCGCCGACCUCAAUGCACGCAACAAGCGACGCCAGACGGCGCUGCACAUCGCCGUCAACAAGGGCCACGUCGCCGUCGUCAAGGCCCUGCUCGAGCUCGGCUGCCAUCCCAGCUUACAGGAUUCGGAAGGAGACACACCUCUGCAUGACGCCAUCUCGAAGAAGCGUGACGACAUGCUGACUCUGCUGCUGGACCACAGUGCUGACAUCAUGCUCACCAACAACAACGGAUUCAACGCCCUGCAUCACGCUGCUCUGCGCGGCAAUCCAAGGUUGGUACUCCAUUUCCUUCAGUACAUUGUAAAGCUAUUGGAGCAAUGAAGGUCUGACAACGGAAGAG